AUGAGUAAUUAUGAUGAUCUAAGAUCUAAAGAAGAAUAACUUAUGAGAAUGAAUUAAGAAUUAGAAUAAUAAAGAAGAGCUUUGAAAGAAGAUUAUGUAUGAAGUUAUUUAUAGAUUUAUAGAUGAAAUUCAAAAAUAAAGAUUCAAAUUAUGAAGAUGAUAAUUAUGAUGAGAAUCUGGAUUAUGAUGAAAAUGAAUUCAAUGAUGUAUAAUAUUAUUAUAUAUAAUUAUUAUUAGGUUUAUAAAGAUGAUAGUGAUUAAGAAUAAGAUUAAGGAUUAUAAUAAUAAAAAUAUGAUUCUUCUGAAGAUGAAGAUUUUAAUAAUGAUGUUGCUAUUCAAUAGAUGGUAAAUUAAGUUAGAAACAUCAAGAGUGCUGAAUAAAAUAGAAACAAUGAAUAACCUAUAAAAUAUGAUGAUAAAAAAUAAGAAAUUUUAGAAUAAGAAUUAAUAGUUGAUGAAUAAAGUAUAUUUAUCUAUAUUAAAUAGAAAAAAUAUUAAGAAUGCAAAGUUUAAAAGUAGAAGCUUUAAAAUAAGAAUUAGAUAAUUUAAUUUAAUAGAACAAAAUGAAAGAAAAUUUAAUUUAAGAAAUAGAAUAGAAAGGUAAGAAUAUUUAAGAUUAAACCAAAAAAUAUAAUGCAUAAAUUGUUAAUUUGAAUGAAAAAUAUGAAUAAUUUAGAUAAAAAUUAUAAGAAACAUAAUAAAAAACAAAAGCUUCAGAAAAAGAAAAUCUAGUAAUUACAAAAGAAAUAGAAUCAGUUAAAAAAGAAUAUAGAAAAAUUGAUGCAGAAGCUAAUAAAAAAGAUAUUGGAAUUAAUAGAACCAUUGAAUAAAUUUAAAAAUUAAAAUUAGAAUAACAAAAAAAUAAAUUAACUAAUAAUGAUAAAUAGAGUGAUUUAUCUUUAAAUAUAGAUUAAUUUAAAAAGGAUAAUUAAAGAAUUGAAUAAUAAAUAACAGAAUCACUUUAAGCAUUAAAAAAAUAAUUAAAAUUAAUAGACAUUCUUAAAAGAUAACGUAUACAUAUUAUUGCAGCAAGAAUGUUUUAAUUUAUUGAAUCAGAUUUUGCAAAAACUACUGAUAUUAGUAAUAAAAUAUAAUAUUGA